UGCUUGGUUUUUUUUAUUUAUUUUAAUGCUCAUGUUUGCUGAUAAUUUGUUAGGAAGGCGCUCUAUAAAACAUGGUCAAGUUAGACUCUAAUUUAAACAAUCAUACGCCUCAUGUUCCCCAUCAUGCACUUUUACUAGACAAUGAUUUCUUAUCAUACGCCUAUAUAAACUACUUAAUGAUACCUAAUGCAGUGCUUUGUUUCCAGGGGGAGCCAACAUUUAUUUUUAUAUAUAUAUAUAUAUAUAUAUAUAUAUACACUAAAUAUUAAGAUUACAUAGAGUAUAUUAACCAUGAUACAAUCAAAGAUAUGUUGUAUUCUGUCAUCUGAAGAAUCAAUUAAAAGAGAAAGAAAUGUGGAAAUGUGUUAUAUGGGAACACUGUAGAAACAGAAAAUGUAUUGCUGUGAAGCGGUCAGAUCUGAGUUCAGGAUGUUGUUAAAAACCACCUGUUUGACCACAAGGCACGCGAUACCUCACGUCCAACGCUCAGGCUACAACGCUAAGAGAGAAAUAAGGGGAAGCUGCCUCUUCUUGAAACUAAAAUAGCUAUUUUAUAGCAGUUCUCGCCUAAUAAUGGGGAAAACAUUAUGUAGUUUAAAUGCUUUGUCUACUACUAGCUGGGAAACAUAGGAACCGUGAUGAAGGAAAUGCAACAAGUGACUCCAACGAGUAACACGGGUUAAAGCUGCUGAUGUCAAAACCUGGAAACUUCCACGCAGCAGAUGAGUGCAAAAGGCAGCUGUAAAUGACAGAGCUAAAAUGCAGAUGUGGUUCUAGCCAACGCACCAGACCAUUGUUUUUAAUACACAUGUCCACACCAGCCCAGACAAUAUACCCAAACAAUGCCUCAUAAUGUAUACAUAUCAGUUACAUAGUAGCAGAUGCAACACAAGAAAAUAUUUUUAGGCAACAUAGAGCAGAAAAUGGAGUGGAAAAAGAGAAAUAACAUAUUUCCCCCCAGCUUGUAAUUAUUUUUACACAUUGUUGUUUACCUCUGACCUCAAACUAAAUCAUACUUCCUCAUGCUUGCCUGUGAUUUACCUCUCCUCUGGCUGCAGAGUCUGUCAUUCUCCACCUGUCCAGUAGCUCCUCAGAUGAGGGUUCAGACACCCUACACGCAGACAAGGAAACUAAAUACUUGGAUGAUUUUCUGUUCUUUAAAUCCCACCGGGACUGUAGACAUCGAGGAAUUAUUAUAUUUCCAAGGGAAGACUGGAGCGCACUGAUUGAUUUGCACUCUUACACACCCAAAGGUCAGAGUUAUUAUAACACAAAAUGUCAGAGAGUGACAGACCUCAACGCAUCCGCAGACUGAUAAAACCUCCAGCACCAAUAUCAGGAGCAGUGUACGAGUUUGACUGCCCCAGGCAGCCCUACAUCCCCAUCUAUCUGUUAGUAAUGGGAGUCAUCUCCCUGCUGCUGGCUGUGCUCUCCAUCCUGCCCUGCACUGCUGGCUUCGGGAAUCACAGCAAGGCCCGGAGCUGCCUCGUCUCUCUCUUCUUCUUCUGCUGGUUCGCUGGUAAUGUGUGGAUUUACUCCAUCUAUGAACCCAACUACAACAAGACAACGACCAGCAUGGACACCUACUGCAACAAAACUCUCUACCCGUUUGCCUUCUGGACUACCAACCUGAACUAUAUCCUGUUAGGUCUCAUUCUUUUCUCUAGCUGUUGCACACGCCUUCUGUGUGGUGAUGAUUAAAAGACAGCAACCUAAUAAACAUAUAGAAGU